UAUCGUGAAGUACUAGCGGUAAUGCAGUAAAACCGGCGGUAGUUUUGAAAUAAAAAGUAUCUACCUCCUCAUAUUUACAUAUUGGGUAUGCAUUAGUUCGUAUUGAAACAAAAUGGAUAGUACAAGUAAUAAGAUUAGAAACUGCGCCGUAACGGAUUGUGACGAAGAUAUAGCUGACCUAUUGCGAUCUGGCUUUGACCCCAAUUUCGAAGGUGGAUGGCCAAUCAGACUAGCAGCUCGGCACGGCUCCUUCGCUGUUGUACGACAAUUGAUACAAUUUGGUGCUGACCCUCACUUAUUAGGUGAAUCAGGCGCAUCAACUUUACAAUUGGCAGUUUAUGCUGGAAAACACUGGGACAAUGAAACAUGGUCAUUUUUAUUAUCCUGCUGUGAUUCAUCCCAACUUGCAGAUGGUGCAGCUGUGGCCAUAAUUUUCAAAAAUAUUCCAGCAUUCAAGAAAAUUAUGGAGACGGGACGGUGUAACACUCACAUACCAACUACGUUGACAGGCAAAACGCUAGAACAAUUAGCUAAAGGCUAUAAACUUCACUAUUUACUCAGUGGACCUACAGUUGCAAAUGAUCGAACUCAGAACACAGCUCUUUCUACUUCUCCUCGAAUCAGACCACACAGAACCGAUACGAGGCGAACCCUCACGCCCCAGCCACAUCCCUCGCAGAGGAACCUGUCUCCGUCAGUGGCCAGGUUCUUCCACCAGACCGCCGCCCAGACCUCGCUAGCUCCAUCAAGUUCUCCGACUCUCCUCAACACUUCACCAAGACAACGACUGGGAAACUCUUCUCCGCUUAGUAACUGGCCAAUUUUAAAUAACUGAAAUUUUACUUUAAUGUGACGAGACUCUUACAUAUUCAAUAAUUUGCCAUUA